AUGAAUACCGACGCCCCGAAACACGACCACCGCUUGAUCCGAAAGAGUAUCAACUUCUUGCCCAAAAGCGCGCGAGGCCAUGCGGUAGCCUUCAUCGGCGAGUUCGCCGGCACCUUCUUUUUUCUGUUCUUCGCCUUUUCCGGAGCACAAACAGGCAACGUCGCAGCCAACCCAAAUGCCGGAGACACAGUCAUGACAAAGGCUACCACCUUCCAACCGGCGCAGCUGCUCUACAUUUCCUUGGCAUUCGGCUUCUCUCUGGCCGUGAACGCGUGGGUAUACUUUCGCAUCAGCGGAGGCCUGUUCAACCCUGCGGUCACCUUCGGCAUGGUCCUCAUCGGGGCAAUAACAAUCGUCCGAGGCAUCUUGCUGGCCAUCGCUCAGGUCCUGGGUGCUAUCGUCGCCGCAUACGUCGUCCAAGCGCUGUUCACCGGAAAACUCAACGUCAGCACGACGCUCUCACGUACAACGACCGUGGCGCAAGGGGUGAUAAUCGAGAUGUUGCUUACCGCUCAGCUCGUGUUUACCAUCUUCAUGUUGGCGGCGGAGAAGCAUGUUGGCAACUUCAUCGCGCCAGUCGGGAUUGGCCUCUCGCUCUUCAUCGCAGAACUGACAGGCGUCUUCUGGACCGGAGCUUCUCUGAACCCUGCACGCUCUCUCGCACCUGAAGUCGCUCUGGCCGAUUUCAACUCGGAGCAGUGGGUGUACUGGGUUGGUCCUUUAGCGGGAUCGGUUCUUGCGGUAUUACUCCUCAAGCUGAUCAAGGCCCUGGAAUAUGAGACAGCAAAUCCUGAUAAACCAUCCUCAUCGCGAGGAGAGCAGGUGUAG